AUGUUGGGCCUGGGGCUGGUGGCCAGGGAUGUGGCGGUGGAUGUGCUGCCCUACUUUGACCAGGGAUACAAGGCACUGGUGGAGGAGGAGACAUGGCACCGGCCGACCAAGAACUACCUCAGCUACCUGCCCAUGCAUGACUAUAGUGUCUUCGAGACCAAGAUCAUGCAGACUGAGUUUGAGCGCCUAGUGGCCCGGCAGCCCCUGGAACUACUCAGUAUGAAGAGGUACGAGCUGCCCGCCCCAUCCUCUGGGCAGAAGAACGACAUCACGGCAUGGCAGGAGUGUGUGAACAAUUCCAUGGCACAGCUGGAGCACCAGGCUGUGCGCAUCAAGAACCUGGAGCUCAUGUCCCAGCAUGACUGCAACGUCUGGACAUUGUACAAUGAGCAUCUAGUUCAUAUGAUAGAACAAGCCCAGAAAGAGCUUCAGAAAUUGAAGAAAAAGAGUCAAGACCUGAACUGUCAGGGGAAGAACAUGCAGCUCACAGCUGGGGCUAAGCUGCGUGAGAUGGAAUCCACGUGGGUCUCUCUUGUCAGUAAAAAUAAUGAGAUUGAAGGAACUAUUGUGCAGUUGGAAAAUGAAAUUUCAACAAAUCAAGCAGUAGCAUGGGGAAGCAAAAAAGGAGAAGACUUUCAGUAACUUAAUCCUGACUCAUCUUAGUGCAGCAUGUGAUAAAAACUACAAACCAGACACUUUGGAGAUGCUGUGUCUGUAGACACCUCUAGCUGGACGUGUGAGGUGGUAAAAGGGUAUUUCUGUAGUUUCUUUUCUUUGUGUUAAA